AAUUUUAGGUUGAAUUAUCUAUGUCUAUUACCACAGGUUUUUUGCUAAUGUCUACUAAAUAUUUAGAAAUAAAAAUGUCAUCUGUAAUAGAUUGUGUUUUGUGUAACAAAAAAGAUGUGCAAAGUUAUGGAUUAAAACUUGGAAAUGGGCAAUCUAUUUGCAAAGAGUGUGCAAGCUGUUCAAACAAUAUACUUAAUAUUGACGAAUUUGUUGGCAGAGUUAAUAAUUUAGCAUUUCAAAAGUUUUCAACAGAAAAGCUGAGAGAAAUAGCUUCAUCAACAUUGCUAAAAUCAGUUUUCAAGGGUCAACUUUACAGUUAUAGACACAAUCUAUACAAAGCUGGUGGAGACGAAAAAAGAUAUUUAUGUGACAUCGAUUUGGUUGACUUGUUGUCUGAUGAGCAACAGCAUGCUCUAUAUAGUGCAUUUGCUACCUCGUAUAAUGAAUUAAAGCUCAAUGAUUAUGUAUUAAAAGUGCUUGUACCUGAGGCAAUAAUAUAUCUGUUUGCUAAAACUGAACAGAUUUCAAGAAUCAAAGCUGAAGUCAUAUUAAAUUCCUACAUUUCAAAAGGAAUUAAUGAAAGAGACCAAGAAUCAGAAAGUAGUAUAAAUGAUGGGUCUGUGGUUAGCGCUGAGAAUUUUUUUAUACAUUUACUGCAAAAGAAAGAACAGCAAAAGAAUAGCCGUUUAAUGAAGUGGGCUCAGUAUGAUUCUUGUAUAAAAGAAACUAAUACUACUCUAGUUAAUGAAAAGAAAGAGUUACCAGAACAAAGUGAAUUAAAAAUAAACAUGACUUUAUUUAACGAAGACUUUGAAUCUAACGAAGGUGUGGUCCAAUGUUUGUUAAAUGAUUUAGUUGAAAAGGUUUGUGCUUAUGUUGAUGAUAGUAUUGAUUUUAUCAAACAAGACUAUCCUAAAACUAAAAGUUAUGCAAAUGAAGCUAGUUUUACCUUAACCGUUCAAGAAAAUAUAGUUAAUUGUACAAUGGAUUUGCUUUGUGCUAAAAAGAAUAUAUUUCACCAUAAAUGUGAUGUUGCAGAUGUAACUGAAGUUAAAAGAAUUUCGUCAAAAUUAGGUUCUCAAAUUCAUACCAUAGUUAAUAAUAAUAACAUUAAAAAUAACUACACAAAACAUCAUUCAGAAGAUACUCAGAAGCCUUCCUCGCAGUUAGUCAAUAAAAGAACAAAACACAAAAGUGCAGAAAAACCAAAAAGAAAUAAGAAAUUGUGUCCUAUUCCAGGGUGUGGGGCAAAGGUUGUUAACUUGCCAAGACAUAUAAAAUUAUCUAAAAAAAGUGAUCAUCUUUUGUUGAAAAAAUCUGCUUCUAAAGUAGUAUCUAUUUUCGGACUUCGAAACUCCAAAAGUAACAAUGCUGAUAUACAUUAUCGUAAAAAAAUGAGAAUUUGUCCUGUUGAUGGAUGCUUUUCAGUUAUCUUAAACUUGUCAGAUCACUUUAAAAAGUCUCAUUCGGAAUUAUUUAAUAAUACAGAGCUUUAUGGUAAAAUGCGAAAUAAAGCAACAGUUAUGAUUGGCUAUGAAGAAGAAAAAAUUGUAUCUAUUUUUAAGUCUAAUAACAGAGAAUCAGAAGAUAGUUCUACCCAUUUAGAAAGUGAUUCUUCAGAAAGUAAUUGUAGUGAAUACAAAAAGUUUAUCUAUAAAACAGAUUCUUUGUAUUCCGAAUCGCUACCAACAGAUAGCGAUUCAGAAUACAAUGUUGAAGGAGACAAACAGAUGAGUCUAUAGAUGAUUUUUUAUUCGAUGAUGGAGA